GAGUACUUCCGAGGAAUGGAAACUUUGGGUGGAAAACACGUCCAGUGGCCAAACCGGAAAGAAAAACAUGGCAAGGACUCCUUAAAUUCCCCAGUUAUUCGUUCCCCUACUUCUCUACUGAAUUGCUCCAACCCUAGUUUUGCAUUCCCAAAAUACCCUUCUAAUCUCUCCAAAUUUUCCGCUUUGCCGCUUGUUCAUUCAUCAAUGGACACCCCUCCGGAAGGUUAUCGAAGAAACGUCGGUAUCUGUCUCAUCAAUUCUUCCAAGAAGAUUUUUGCUGCUUCAAGGCUCGAUAUACCCAAUUCCUGGCAAAUGCCCCAGGGUGGCAUUGAUGAGGGUGAAGAUCCAAAAGUCGCAGCCAUUAGAGAAUUAAGAGAAGAAACUGGAAUAAGCUCAGCAGAAGUUCUUGUUGAGACACCUCUUUGGUUGACAUAUGAUUUCCCCCUUGACGUCAGGGAAAAACUUAAACAUCUAUGGGGAUCUGACUGGAAAGGUCAAGCACAAAAGUGGUUUCUCCUUAAGUUCACUGGGAAGGAGGAGGAGAUCAAUCUUCUGGGUGAUGGGACUGAGAAACCUGAGUUUGGCCAGUGGUCAUGGAUGUCACCGGAACAAGUAAUUGAGCAUGUCAGUAGACCUUCCCUACAUUAGUUCAUACAAGAACAAGUUUGUAUAUUUUCCUUGGAUUGAUCUUAAAUUUUUGUCAAAAUAUGAAGAAAGACAAAGUGAUAAUAUUUUAGUUUUUUUUU